CCUGGCCUCCACCCCUCCACAUGGCCUCUACUCCUUCACAUGGCCUCCACUCCUCCACCUGGCCUCCACUCCUACACCUGGCCUCCACUCCUACACCUGGCCUCCACUCCUCCACUUGGCCUCCACUCCUCUACCUGGCCUCCACUCCUCCACUUGGCCUCCAAUCCUCAACUUCUACACCCCUCCACUUGGCCUCAACUCCUAUACCCCUCCACUUCGCCUCCACUCAACUCCUACACCCCUCCACUCCUACACCCCUCCACUCCUACACCCCUCCACUUGGCCUCAACCCAUCCAUCCAUCUACCUGGCCUCCACUUCUCCAUCCCUCCACUCCUCAACUCCUACACUCCUCCACCUGGCCUCCACUUCUCCACCUGGCCUCCACUCCUCCACUUGGCCUCCACUCCUCAACUCCUCCUCUUGGCCUCCACCCCUCCACCCAUCUACCUGGCCUCCACUCCUCCAUCCCUCCACUUGGCCUCAACCCCUCCAUCCAUCUACCUGGCCUCCACUUCUCCAUCCCUCCACUCCUCCACCUGGCCUCCACUCCUCCACCUGGUCUCCACUCCUCCACCUGGCCUCCACUCCUCCACUUGGCCUCCACUCCUCCACUUGGUCUCCACUCCUCCACCCCUCCACCUGGCCUCCACUCCUCAACUCCUACACCCCUCCACUUGGCCUCCACCCCUCCACUUCGCCUCCACUCAACUCCUACACCCCUCCACUCCUACACCCCUCCAUCUGGCCUCCACUCCUCCAUCUGGCUUCACUCCUCCACCUGGCCUCCACUCCCACACCCCUCCACCAAUUUAUUUUACCGGAGCCACUUAAUCAAUAUUGCAAUAUUAAAAGUUGCAACCAAGUGCCUUCAUGUAACCACUUCAUAAUGGUAGGUCAUUGUUUGCGGUAGAGAAACCCUUCCUAAAAGGAAUACUUAUCACCAGGUUUGUAGCUGUACUACAUAUUCUAACAACUUACAGUCAUAUGAUAAAAUAUCCUACAAGAUUACUUAAGAAAUAAAGAAAUUAAUAUGCAUAUAUGAGGAAGGAAAUGUUUCUGUUUGUGGUAGCUGUUAAACAAACCUCGAGUCUGUACCUACAGGGUUGAUAUUUUACUGGAAUAGACCUGAGCAUGGCCUACACAAGUCGUGGAAAAUACAGGACGACCCGCGACCAAGAGGGAAACCACAUCCAUCUAACAAGCCGAUCACGUACAAAUGGCUUCAUCUCCAGUGAUUUCAGUAAUGGAAAUGUUGAUUUUGCCUUUCAUAUGUAAUUCACGUAAUAUGUUUCUAUAUAGAAGUAAAAUCACCAAAUGUACUGAUAAUGAGUGAGACCGGUUUAUUCUGUGACACUUACAUUACAUUACAUUACAUGGUCAGAUUAGACAGGAUAUUACUGAAAUUAACUGUUAUAUGUUAUGUUAUAUGUUAUAUGGUGGUCGGGUUACAAUUGUCAGGAUGUUAAAUAACCGGUCUUGUUAUUCAGGGUGUUGGAAUUAAAUACUCGGAUGUCAGAUAGGACAUCAUGUAGGUAUACUUUUGUCAGAUUAGACAGGUUUCACAGUAAAAGAUGUUCAUUUUAACCUGUACAUACACAUUGUAUCAGGUACAAUGUCGAAAUAUUGUUACCAACACAGUAACAAAUGUUGUUCUAAUACAUGUAUAUUGAAGAUGCAUUUACAGAGAAAAAUCUGUAUUUGAUAUGUUGAAUAUUUGUCUAUUUUAUGAGUUGUCAUAUUGAAUAAACUAUAUUUCUUAUGA